UAGCAAUGCCACUCUCCUUAUCUAAUCUCACCCAUUCCUCUGUUAAAUUAGUACUGAUUAUAUAUCCAUCACCAUUAUUUUUGCUACAAUGGCCUCAAGCUCUGUUUGGACAGCGAAACAGAACAAGAAGUUCGAGAACGCAUUGGCCAUCUAUAACAAGGAUACCCCGGAUCGGUGGCAGAAGCUGGCUAAGGCCGUCGGAGGAGGGAAGACGGAGGAUGAAGUAAGAAUUCAUUACCAGAAGCUUGUGGAAGAUGUGAAGCUCAUUGAGGAAGGACAUGUUCCCCUGCCUAAUUACAGAAAUGUUGCACCUGCAGGAGGCAGGGCCAAAGAAGAAAAAAGGAUGAAGGCUCUGAAUCUCCAGUGAAGGGUGAUUUACCAAUAGCAUGCAUGGGAUUGGUAGGUUCAAUCAAAUAUUCAAAUGUUUCAUUUACAUUUAUGUUUUUUGUCUCCCUGUUUUAUUAUAGUCUAUAUGUGUAGAACCAGUCCCUUCCCUGCCUUGUAAUUCCUAUAAAUGUAAUGAUCAAAUUAUGCCAAUGACAUGCGAAGUGGUAAAUGAUAUAUAGCCUUUGAUCUGUCUUGUUUAUCUCUUUUUCAAUCUAAGAUAUAAAUGACAGGGACUAAAUUUGCAAAGAGAGAAAGAAAAAUAAAAUGAUAAUGUGGAAAUUGUAGGCAAAUCCUAAGAGGUGCCCUAUAGCAUCUCCAAUGGGGGUGCCAUUUAUGGUAACUUAAUCAUCUAGUGAGUGAGUUAUUGCAUAUACAUUCAACCAUGUUUAACAUCAAAUGAACCUAUACAUUUCACAGUUUUCAUUCAUAUUUGUGUUUUUCCAGUUAAUUUUUACAUUGAAAUGCCGCAUAACGCAAAAUAAUAUACCGCUUAACACAUAAUAGACACCAAAUUAAGGGGUUGUCUAAAUAACCCUAGUUAAAAAUUGGGUUAAAUCACCCUUGAUGAGGUGUUCCAAUAAUAUCACAACAUGUGUCUUUAUUAAUCAACUCAUUUUAUUAAAAGGUUAAAUAUGCUUUAGUCCCUAAACUUAAACUGAAAUUAGAAUUUUGUCCCAACAAAAGUAGAUUAUUGAAGGGGUCUCCCUAAUAAAUAAAUUGUCCCUUCAUUCUUCAUCAUUUUCAACCCUUAGUCUAAAAAUUAAUAUCAUCUUCAUCCUUCCAUCAUCUUCAUCAUUUUCAACCCAAAACAACCAAGAUUCAUCCCAUCCAAAUACAGAUUAAGAGAAACAUAAUUUCAUCUUCAUCAUCACCAUUCAUCUUCUUCUUCUCCAUCAUGAUCAUCAUCAACCCACCAUACCCACAUCCACAAACCCCCCAAAAACAUAAUUUCAAUUUUUCGCCACCACCAGCAACCUCGCCCAUUUCCACCAAACACCACCACCACCCACAGAGCCCCCACUGAAACCCAAACCCCACCCCAACCCCACCGAACCCACCUCCACUUCCACGCCUACCAAAAUUGAUAUGCAGAGUGAAACUAACCUCAUCCUCUGCAGCGCAAUGAUACUUAUGAGCUAGUUCAGAAACUGGAAUCUCCGCUGAAGCUUAAGUACUGUUUCUCGGCAAUCCUCCAACGACGCCAUUUCAGCCAAUCGACGAAGCUGGUGAAGUUCAGAGCGGAGAGCCUUGUGGAAGCAAACAAAGAAGAGUAUAGGAGCAUCGAGGAGUGAAAACCGCGACAGAAGAUCCUCCUCAGCAGCAUCGUGCUCCUCCUCCUCUUCUCUAUCGGACAAGGAAGGAUCGUCGUCGGCGCCGUCCAUCGGUGAAAGUUUCGGCAACCACCAUCAACGGCGAGGGAGAGCAAAGGGAAGUUGGGCAUGAAGAGAGGAACUGAAUUUAUCUGGAUCGGUGAUGUAAUUUAGGGACAAACCAUUUAUUUUGGUUCAGACUUUUCGGAUUUCCAUAAACCAUUGCUUGUUUUGGUCUGAUCCAUUUGAUGGCUUUCAAUGUAGCGUUGUGAUCCUAUUCGAACGAAUCCUUUUGUUUUGAAUUGCUUUGCUACUGAUUCUGUAAUGAAGUAUUGCAAUCUCAU